CAAUAGCAAGGACAAUAAUGGAGUCAAACCGGAGGAGGUGGUUUUUUUAAUUCCGAGAGAUUCCGCCCUAUAAAGUGCAAAGAGGAGUGACGUCUCUGAACUCGCAUGUGGAUAGACAUCACAGUGACAAAUUUCAACAGAGACCUUUACGAAGUAGUACUAUCUGUGUAUACAUUUUGUCAGUCGAUUUUUGGUUGAGAGAGAGAUGGCGAUGGCAAUGGCGGCGAGGCGUGCUUCCGCGUCCGCAUUUCGUGCUCUAACUUCAUCGCGGAAUUUAAAUUCGUCGAUUCUGACCAGAGACCUCCAUGCUUCCCCUGGGAGCAAAAAGAUAGUUGGAGUUUUCUACACAGCAAACGAAUAUGCUGAGAAGAAUCCCAACUUUUUGGGAUGUGUGGAAAGUGCAUUGGGCUUACGUGAAUGGUUGGAAUCACAAGGCCAUCAAUACAUCAUCACUGAUGACAAAGAUCGUCCAAAUUGUGAACUCGAGAAACACAUUCCUGAUGCGCAUGUCCUCAUAACGACGCCAUUCCAUCCGGCUUAUGUAACAGAAGAAAGGAUCAAGAAGGCUAAGAAUUUGGAACUGGUGCUCACAGCUGGAAUUGGAUCUGAUCAUGUGGAUCUCAAGGCCGCAGCUGCUGCUGGGUUAACAGUUGCAGAGGUCACUGGAAGCAAUGUGGUCUCAGUCGCAGAAGAUGAGCUCAUGAGGAUUCUCAUUCUUGUUCGAAAUUUCUUGCCUGGUUACCAACAAGUUGUUCGUGGGGAAUGGGAUGUUGCAGCUAUUGCUUACAGAGCUUAUGAUUUAGAAGGAAAGACAGUUGGAACUGUUGGCUGUGGGCGAAUUGGAAGGCUGUUACUCCAAAGAUUGAAGCCUUUCAAUUGUAAUCUUCUGUAUCAUGAUCGGGUCAAGAUGGACCCAGAGUUGGAGAAUCAAAUCGGUGCUAAGUUUGAGGACGAUCUUGACGCCAUGCUUCCAAAAUGUGACAUCAUUGUCAUCAACACCCCUCUAACUGAGAAAACAAAGGGGAUGUUUGACAAGGAUAGGAUCGCUAAGUGUAAGAAAGGAGUUUACAUUGUUAACAAUGCUAGAGGAGCAAUCAUGGAUACACAAGCAGUUGUGGACGCCUGUAACAGCGGACAUAUUGCAGGUUAUGGUGGGGAUGUUUGGUAUCCACAACCAGCUCCAAAGGACCAUCCAUGGCGGUACAUGCCAAACCAUGCCAUGACCCCUCAUAUUUCUGGCACUACAAUUGACGCACAGUUGCGAUAUGCGGCUGGAGUCAAGGACAUGCUGGAGAGUCACUUCAAAGGAGAGGAGUUUCCACUGGAGAAUUACAUUGUUAAGAAGGGUGAACUAGCUCCCCAAUACCGUUAAACCUGCUUUUGAAUAACUUCCCGAGUUGAGUUUGUUCUCCACAUACUGAGCAAUAACAAUACGAAUAAUGUAGUUUUGAAGUAGAAUAUGUUGUUAAGAGCAAGCGUAGAGCUCUGUGGAGUGAGAAAAAUGUAGGUUGUAAUCUCAUAAACUGCUUUACUUUGAGAGAAUGUUGUUUAAUCAUAAGCAUGGUGUUAGCAA